CCAGAACAAAAUUACUCACGCUACUGAUAAAAUAACUUGCAUUAAAAACCAGAUUUAAAAGAAGGCGUGUUUGAUUUUCACAGGAAAUUCUUCAACCUUUUUGUUUAAUGUACAAAAAAAUAUUUUCGUUAAAAAACAUUCAAAGUUAUAUCUCUUUCAAAUCGAUCUUAAGGUGUGCCAUUAAUAUCAACACGAAAGAUGUUUAUAUAUGUUUCAAUGUUCGCACGUGUUUUUCGUCUAAAAAAAUUGAUUUAAUGGCCAAUUAUCUCGCAGAAGAUUAUAAUUUAAACCUUUGAAAGCAUUACGCAUUAAAAAGGGACGUACAUAAGCCGGUCUGAGAAAGCGCCAAAUGUCCCCCUUAUCAACUUUCCGCUCCACUUUUAACAAUCUCAUUAACAAAGUCCGCGCCUUUUCAAGCGCGCGCUUGAAGUCCCAGGCUUACAAGUGCACUUCUUCGGAGUCGCGUUAAAUCGCACCGGGAUGUAUAUGGCGAUCGCAAUGAUCCGGCGGUCGAAAUGCAUUUGUGCAACGCAGACGCGCAAUAAAUUACGUACAUUACGAGGUGGACGGGGGAAGUGCCUCGGAGUAUAUCGGGCGUCAUCCGGCGGCGCGUAGCCACCGUGUGGGAAACCUGAAGCCUCCUCCGGCAACAGAGAGGAGAGGCCUUCAGGCUCAUUAACCGGGAGAGAUAACGCGUUAUGCCGGAUUACGCUGGUUCUUCGUUAGCUCACUUAUCGGCCUGGUGCCGUUGGCCGCGCGAAUGUCGUUGCAUCGGUCCUGCCGGCUGUUAUUCGGUAUUCACGUGCGAUAAGCGAUUCGAUGUAGCGACUGACUGAUAUCGCGAGACGUCCCGGAGACGAUCUCUUGCGAGCUCGUAUAUAUUCGCAUCGGUUAAUGAAGCCGUUUAUUCCAAGUCAUUUUACUCUAUCGUUAAAACUGAUUGUGAGAACAAUUUUUCUAAUGGAAAGGGAGUAAGAGAACGAACUGUGCUUGUUCCUCUAAGCUAAUAACGGAUAACGAGUUGAUGUUCCAUCCAUUAAAAGAUUUUAUAUAUAGUAAUUUGAUAUAAUAAUAAUUUUAUGUAGUAAUAAAUAAAUAAAGUUUCUUAUAGUUUUAUUUUCUUUAUCUGUCCUUAGAAGUGGAUAAUACAUGUAAAUUUUUGGCGUGUGUUUAUAAGGAAGGACAUAAUUACAAUAAAUAUUUUGUUUUCUUUAUAAUUACAGUUACAAAAGUAUCAUAGUGCCGGUAUAGAAAUUGAAAUAAAUUUAAUAGAAAAUUUUAUUUAAAGAAUACAUUUAUUAAAAAAAUGUUUAUUUUUCUGUUCUGCUCUAAACAUGUUUCCAAAUAAAUUUGUUUAUCAUUGUUUAUUGAGUAUCUAAAUUAUAUCUGCAUAUCCGUGAAACAUGUGCUAUUUUUCUAUUAUUUUUAUUAUUUUCUAUUUUAUACUUUUAAAAGUGAAAGUAGUAAAUACACAAUAGAACAUAGAGAAAAUUUAUUUAUCUAUGACAAAUUUAUAAAUAUUUAUGAAAUAUGUACAGCAGUUUUCUUUUAAUUCCCAAAAAUUUUUCAGUUUCUUAUACUAAAAUAUAAUAUACUCUCUAAUUGUUAUUAUAUUCUUCUACUCCGAAAAAUUGAAUUGCGUAUAUCUAGAAUUGUAUCGCGAUUGCAGUAUUGCUUGCAGUAUCAAAUUUAAGGAGAUCAUAGCAUUGAUAUUUCAGAUUUGUAACGUCCAAUAAUACCUGUCUAAUAAUGGAUCUCUACUGUUUAUGGCAUUUUUGUAUUAGCGUAAGCACAAUUUAAUUUUAGUUUUAUCAUUAAGAAACCUAUCGAUCAGUUAACAAAAAUAUUCCAAAAUAAAACAUAUAAAUGAAUUAAGUAGAUCUCCUAAUGAUGCAACACAGUUACUAAGCUAAAUAUCGAUACUCAAGAGCAUCUUAAAAUUCACCCUACCUUGAAAAGUUUUUUUUAGUUUUUAAGUUUUUUUAAUGGAAUAAUUGGUGUCAAUUAUUUUUUCGAAGACACAACAUCUUAAGUUUGUUAACUAAACAGAAAAAUAAAUGUCUGAACGGUGAGUGAGUGAGUGAAUGAAUGAGUGAGUAAAAGAAAGAGAGAGAGAGAGAGAGAGAGAGAGAGAGAGAAUUUAGCAACUGCUAAGAGAAGUUUCUUCGAUUAUUCGCGAGUGGUUGGAACGAGGAACGAAGAAAAAGAGGAGGACCAAAUACGAGAAGUGGCUUGUACGCAGCUCGAUUCCUCGUUGGUGGUUCGCGGGGUUAAAUAUACCCUCGUUGGUCUCAUCAUACGAGAGAGAGAGAGAGGGGGGGGGGGAGGGGAAGGAGGUUCGAGCAAGAGAAAAUAAAGCGAGAAAGAUAGAGACGGUCGCACACAUCCACAUUUAUACGUCAAAGUGAGAACAGGAGGGAAUAUGAAAGAGGGAGAAGAAGAAGAAGAAGUAAUAGUAUAGUAGAAGAAGAGAAGGAAGAAGAAGAGGAGAGAGACGGAGAGAGCGAGAGAGACUAAAGAGGGGCGCGAAAGAGAGGGAAGAAGUCGGGCUCGGCUAUUACAGAGCAUCUCCGUGGCGCACAGCCCAAUAUGGAGCAAUCUCAGAUUUCCAUCCGCCCAAAUCGAGAAUAUACGCCCGCGCGUCCGCCGCUCGCGCUCUUCUUGGCCCGCGGAGGGUUGGUCGUUCUCGCGGUUGUCGUCUUUGCCGUCCGCGCCGUUUCCUCUCCCUCCCCCCCCUCCCGUCUACCUUCGGCGGAGAUGUAGACGUUGCUCCCGGUGGAGUUGUCGCUUGUCCACUUCACUCCCGCUCGUAACAGUGCCAAAAGUGCUUCAAAACACUCCGCUCCGUUCUAUCCGGUUCCCGGGUUUUUUUCUCUCCGCUCCCUUUCUUUCCUUACAUAGUCGCGGUCUUUCUAUUUUUCUCGUGAUCGAUACAGUUCCUACGUAACUCCUAUUUUUUAAUCUACCUGAAAGUUUAUUCACACGUUUCCUUCUUCUUUCGUAUCUUCCUUUCCUUCGAGACACUCUCGAUAUCCCGCCUGCCGAGGAAUCACGCGAGGUAGAGCUGAUUGCGUGGGCGAUGCAUUGAACGACUCGGACAAAGGUGAUUAAUCGCCGCCUGUGAUUUGUGCAAUUGCUCGUGUUCAACAAUGACCGUCGUGCCAUUCGGUUUGACGGGAAAUCGAUCGUGCGUGAAAAUCGCUCGGGUAACGUAAACGUUCGCGGCGCAGACGGGAACAGCUGUCGAUCGCGGUCUUAUUCAAGAAGAGGACUCGUCAAGGAACGAUACGUUCAUGUUGCCGGAAAGUAACUUUCCCGUUACAGGGGGCACUAUGCAGACCGAGGAAGUCGUGUCGCGUACACAGUCUAUUGGCAUAGACAGUGGUUUCACCGACGGCGCUGGUUUGCAGCAUCAUUUGCAUCAUUCGGCACAUUUACGUUGCCCACUAUCGCCUCUGAUUCACAUGGCCGUCAAGCAAGAACCUCAGGAGGAAGAAGAGCGAAGUCGCGAUGCUAGCACGUUGAGCCCGCAAGUGGACAUAGGUAACGUGGCGGGUUCGCUGGAUAGCAAGCAUGGACAAGUUGGUAAUCAAAUUCAAGGACUGGAGGAAAAUCCGAUAUUAACCGUUCCGGAUUCUGGCAACCGAGGACGAACCAGUCGUGGCCGUAGGAAAUCGCGAUGGAAGCUCAAGUUCCAUCAUCAAGCAUUACCGCCGGAAUACUUGGAUCACUACGAAGCGUCGCUGGCCCAGGAAAACCUGAAUUCGUCGCCGCCACGCAUCAUCGAGCCAGCAGCAUCCAGUCCAGCGCCGACAAACUCACCGUCCACCCCAAGUCCCGUCGCCGACGUUCAUGGUUGGCUGCAGCGAAUCGCGGCGAUGCAGCAGGAGCUCUGUCCGCAGACCGCGCCGCCUCAAUGCCCGACGAUCCACGGUCAUAAUCCAAUCACCGGCACCAGAAGAUCCGUCAUCACGUCCGUGUCUUCGCAAGCCUGCAACACAGCUACUUAUCCCAGUCAUCAUAUCCACCAGACGCAGUCGCAAACGUCCAGUAGACCUCCCAUGAAAUAUUCCGAUCUGCCGUAUAUGGGUGAAAUCACUCUCGACAACAGCAAACCUAGACGCGGCCGGAAACCGAAGAAGGCCGACAUAUGCCACUUGAUCUACAAGAAUUAUGGCACGAUAUUGCCGGGCACGCCUGGCCACGAGGAAAAAAGACUGUCGCCUCGGGACAAGCAGGAUUCUCGGGAGCGUGUGUCGCCUCAAGUGCCUUUCCAAAGGACCGACGUCCAGAACAGAAUCAGCAGCUUGCUGGAGAAACGGUUGACCCAGGAGACCCGGCGGAACUUCGCGUUGUCUGAGAAUUCGCGGGAGCAGGACGAGCCAUUGAAUCUCUGCAUCAGGGAUCUCAACCAGCUGAAGAUUCGACUGCUGCGGAAACAGGGGAGCGAGUCCGGCCAGGUUAAGAGCGAAACGUCCAGCGACGGUGAAGAGGUGGAGUGCCUCGGGACAGGUUUCCUGUCGGAACCGGUUAACUACUCAGACCCAGUUGGCUAUCGAUCGAACAAUAGUUUCGUCAAUCAUAACAACAAUGUGAUUGAUCCUGUGAUCGGUCAUAACUCCGGUUUCAUGUACUGGCCAAAUGCCGGCGUGUUCAUUCACCCAAUGGCGUUGCAGUCCCAAUUGCUCUACUACCAGAAAGUCGCACAGAAUGACAAGUGUCCACCGCCGGGAGCAGAUCAGCCGCCGAGGGAGCAAAAGAUCGUACCUAAAUCGAUAUACUCGAUGAUGGAGACGAAGAACGCGGCGCAAGUGUCGCCGUUACCUACACCCCCGGUGGUGGUGCCAGUGUCGGCUGCCACGUCCACGUCGCCUAGACCGAAGAGGAACGCGCCCUUGGGUCAGCAGCAGAAUCAACCGACCAAACGGAAGCGUUCCGCCAUAUUUAUACCGCCAAUGCCAACCGAGAACAAUAAUAAUCCGGCGACGGAAGUGAGCAUAUGUAAGUUCAAGUUUACCGGUGGCGCCAAACCUAGUUUGCAAGAGAAGAAGAGCCUCUCUGUAGACUCGGGCGGCAAUUUCCGUUAUUACAGCGGUACAGGUGAUAAGAGUAUGCGCGGUUACGAGUUCUUUCCCAGAGAGGCCCUGCAGCAGACUGCGGGUCAAUCUGGGACCACUUCCGCCGCCGGGACCUUCCUCAAUGCCGCCGGCGAAAGAAUCCAAACGCCGACUACGUGCCAGAGGAGCCCGGUCGGCCAGGACGACAGUCGGCGAAAGAGGAAAACCAGAAAGUCCCUGCAGCGCGAGAAGUUGGAGCAGACCUUCAAGGAAAAGGGUUUCCUUAUUCAGACGCAACAAUUGGAAUCCGCGGAAGGUGCUACCUAUUGCAAGUUCCGGCAGCUCAGGAAAUUCACCAGAUAUCUGUUCAGAAGCUGGAAGGACUAUUUGCCGGGUAACGUUCGCGAAUUGAGCGGCUGCAACAGCGGUGCUGGCGUUGCCAUCGACGGCGACGUGGCUGAUGUUGAGGUCGAUGGUGAUGCCGCUCUCGUUCCUUCGCCGCUACCCCAUAACAAUUUGCUGGACGUGCCGAACAACUUUGUGGAGGAUCAUCGGACUCUACCUAUCACGUGAGAUCCGCGUUGCACUCGCGACGAGUGGAAAUCCUGACACGAUGCGAUUCACAUUGCUUUUCUUUGUUAAUUUCCUCUUUUGCGAAACUCUAUAUUGUUUGUUUUGAUAAGUUUAACAAAACGAUUUUUAAAUGAUAAAUAUUUUUUUGAAGUUUACAUGUAUUUUAAAACAGUAAAAAUCGUUUGAAAGCUGUGGGUGUCAACGGAUAGUUAUAUGAAAAGGCUAGUCUACUUAAUUUCUCCAUUUAUUUUAUCUAAAUUAAUUAUACGUAUUAUUUUCUUCGAUAAUUUCCAUUUUUCAAUUCUGGGUUUUUGAUUAACAAUCUUUUAUUUAAUCUUUUAUUGAAAUUUCUUUAGAUAAUUGGACUGUCAAAGCUGUUAUAUAAGAUGUGUCACAUAUGUAUACAAAUAAUAUCUUUCAAACGCUUCUUAUUUAAAAACUAUUAGCUAACAGCGUUGACAUAUUUGAUAUUAGAAUUUUUAUCUCCGAAUGAUCUCGGAAAUCUGGCAUUGAGGAUAGUCACGGUAGAUCGUUAAUGUGUGCGUGCGUGUGUGUGUGUGCAUGUGUGUAUAAAGUUGUAUAACAGUAUAUUUUUAACUGAAGGGGUUCCUAUAAAAAUUAAACACGUUAAUUUUUUUAAAUAAAGAUGAUAUCGCCUAUAUCGGUCUACCAGCGGAUCUUGGUGUCAAAUAAUUUUUGUAUGAUUUUUUACUAUCUGCAGGUCAUAUGAAUAUGUACCGCAUUUUUGUCAGUCAUUACAUGGAGCCAGAAUUUCACAAAUUAAAUGGACAAGCAAUUUAAUAUUUUUAAUGCUAACAAGCAUCUAUAAAGCUUCUCUCCCCGAAAAACUGUAAAUAAUUUAUGACGAAAAAUAAUAUUCAGUCAGAAUUUAAUUAGUAAAAUUACGCAUUCUGGCGGAUUCUUCAUGUAGUGAUUGUGUUUCAAGACCGACAAAAAUGCCAUGUCAGAAAAGAAUUAUUACAUUUAUAUAAAAAAUAUUAAAAAAUAAUUUUGUUAAGAGUAAUUUAUAAAAUUUUGCAAAUAAAAAAUCAAAAAA